AUGGCUUUCAAGCUCCCUGCACUGCCUUACGGCCUGAAGGACCUGCUCCCUCACAUCAGCGAGGAGACGCUCAGCUUCCACUACGGAAAGCACCACGCCGGUUACGUGGCCAAGCUCAACGGACUCGUCAAGGGCACCCCGCUGGAAAGCUGCUCGCUCGAAGAACUCGUCGUCGGACAGAGCGGCGCGAUAUUCAACAACGCCGCGCAAAUAUGGAAUCACACCUUCUACUGGAACUCCAUGGGGCCGAACUGCGGCGGCGAGCCCACCGGACCCAUCCGCAAGAAGAUUGAGGAGAAGUUCGGGUCCUUCUCGGCCUUCAAGCAGGACUUCUCCAACCUUCUCGCCGGUCACUUCGGCUCCGGAUGGGGAUGGCUCGUGCUCAAGGACGACGGCAGCACCGACAUCGUGCAGACCCAUGACGCCGGUUCGCCGCUCAAGGAGAAGCUCGGACGCCCGCUGCUGUGCUGCGACGUGUGGGAGCACGCCUACUACAUUGACUACAAGAACGACAGGGCGAGCUACAUCAACAGCUGGUGGAAUCUGGUCAACUGGGACUUCGCCAACAAGAACCUCGAGGCCCCCUUCAAAUGGUCCUGA